AUGAAUGCCACACAGUUGACUGAGUUGAUGGGUACUCAUGAUUUUAUGCAGCUUCAGGAGCAGCUGCAACAUGGCACCAAUAGCUACAACACAGACGGACACAAUGGACUAUCGCCAGAAACGGCGGAGCGAGCAUCGCGUCCUGUCCGACGCGCUACGAGAAGGACCUCACAGCUAAGCAAUACUACAUACGAUCUGGAGAUGACGGACUCAAGCUCCCAGAGCGAUGACACAAGUGGCGGCGGUGGCAGCAGCAAUGGCGGCAGCAGCACCAACAACAACAAUGGCGGUCAGCAUCACUCCUCGGCGCGUCCUUCGAGCCGUGGACGGCCCCAGCAGUUGCAACAGACCGCAGCUUCCGCCAACAAUAAUAAUAAUAAUAACAACAACAACGGCUCCAGUGCUGCCAACGCCAAUCGACGCCGCAAGGGAGCUCUGAACGCCAAGGAGCGCAAUCUGCGGCGCCUCGAGUCCAAUGAAAGGGAACGCAUGCGCAUGCACAGCCUGAACGAUGCUUUCCAGUCGCUGCGCGAAGUCAUUCCACAUGUGGAAAUGGAGCGACGGCUGUCAAAGAUUGAGACGCUGACGCUGGCCAAGAAUUACAUAAUCAAUCUGACGCACAUCAUACUCUCUAAGCGAAACGAGGAGGCGGCAGCCAUGGAGUUAAAUGGGGGCGUUUUGCUCACUAGUAUCUCGGCGGAGGGUAAUGGCGGCGGCGGUGGUGGCGGGGGCAGUGUGGCAGCAACAGCCGCAAAUGUUGUCACCGCCAAUGGUCUGUGCUUCGAUGAUGCGUUGGCCAAUGCUGGCGCCUACGAUUGUGCAUUGCUUGCUGCCUCAGACAACAGUUUGCUGAGCCCGGCGCCACCCCCUCCGACUCUAAUACUCAAUGGAGGUGCCUCUGCUGCCAGCUUUGCGGAUGUCAACGAUAACUUCGAUGAGCCGUUUCGAGAGUUCUUGUAA